AGUGAGCAUCGAAGAGGCAACACCCGAAGUCUGUGUAUGUGUGUGUGUGUGUAUGUGUGUGUCACCGUAGCAGCUAACCUGGAAAAUAAGUCGCUUUAAAUAGCACAAUGUAAGGUUUGUAGUAUAACACGUCAUGAUCGCAUGUGAAGCAGACGACGUUGUUUGCAAUUUGGUACAAGAUGAGCAGCGGCAGUAAACGAGAAAGGGAGCAGAGGAGGAAGCUGCAUCACUUUCUAAGUGACCUGGCUUUACUGGGAUCAUUGCAGGGCUUUAAAUACUUCCAGCCUUGGCUAAGAGGGAAAGAGGAGUUGCUGCUGACAGUCGUUAAUGAGGAUCUGGGUUGGCGUUCCCCAGGUUUUGUGGUCUCCAGAGCCUCCUCCCACUCCUCCACCAGCAGCUGUAACAGCAGCGAUGUCUCCCCCAGCAGCAGCUCCCCGAGCCUGGACAGCCGGAGCAGCUCUCCCCUGCCCGGGGAGCCUGCGAGCCCACGAGACCCCCCGUCGCACACACCCACCAGGACGCAGCCACAGAUUGUCAGCGACCCCAGCCGUGAGGAGCAUCUCCUCCCAGCCUCUCCCAGUGAAAGAGAGAUAGCCGUGCCCGAGGUGAACUGCACUCUGUUUUUACUGGCCGGCUACGUCAAGUACGGACGCCCCUACGCCUGGAUACGCUCCAAUCACGAGCGCCUGGUCAACAUCGGAGGCACCGAUUCGAUGGUCAAAGACACGCCCAUGAAACUCAAGUCCAUCGCAGACUGGCAGACGCGAGGUAUUCGCGUGUGGGACGUCAUCAGUGAGCUGGUGUGCCUGUGCACCGUUCCCUCUCCCUCCAACCCCUUCGCCCUGGACAUGCGUUACAUCAAAAGCCUUCCCCUCCCCGACCGCUUCCUCGUCACAGGCGCGCUGCUCAACUUCCUGGAGAUGUACGUGAUUUACGGAAACCGGGACGAGUUGCACUAUGACAAAGUGGUCGAGGAGGUGAAGCCUUUGAGGCGUCUCCACGUCCAGUUCCUGCUGGAGUUACAGCGACACAGGGAGAGCGCCGGAUCGGCCGGUAGUCCCACAGUGCGGGACUCUUCUGGAGAGUGACCGCUAUAGUUCUUAUACGAGAUAUCAUUGGUGCACUUUUACCGACUUCUUGUUGAGAGACAGCAAGUAGGUUUGAAUGUGUGAAAUCUCAUCAGGACUGUAUUUCGGUCUUUUUCUUUGUGUCGUGGUGCGUUUGGUCUGAUGACGUCUCUCUCUUGUGUUACGUACACACACACACACUGUACAAACCUAUUUCUUUCAAGGCUACACAGUCCAGUUGUUGCUGUAUCUGUACUACAGUUGGAAGGUAGUCACAUGUAUUUUAAAAAAUGUGAAAACACAGGAGAAAUAACCCUGGGAAUUGUGUCACAUGACUGAGAUUAAACAUCCCAGGACCUC